AUGCGACAAGGCUUUUCAUGGCCCGGAUUGAAACGUGAAAACCUCAUGGACACAGCACGCGCGGGAAACACCCCCGAAGUCGGUCCAAGCCAUGACCAAGAAAUUCCAUGCCCUAUUGGCCGACAUUGUCAUUUGAUGGCCGCAGGUUUAAUGACCUGCGGUGACCGCCGUCAUUGGUCAACGCUUAAACUUGCUUCAGAAAUGAUUAUCCUGGGGAGUACUCGAUUAGCGUACCACUGGCUGGAGAAGGUUGACAUCCCCCAGACUCCUGGGGUAGUAUGGGGUCUUCCGGGGUAUUUCUUUUGCAUGCCUACCCACGGCUUUUACUACCUAAAUCAACUCGUUCAUCUGGUCGAUUGUCUAAUGGUAGGAUCUCAGCAAGGUUCCAUUUUGCAAGCCAAUCUGCCACGUCCUCACUACGAGACCAACCAACCCACGAGGGACAUGGCACAUGCCGAAGAUAGCAGUUUGGUGAUUCGUCACACUCUCCACAUAUACGGAAAACGCAUUCAGUUUAAAGCCACGUGA